ACGACAGGUGCGAGCAGCCAAUGUGAUGGCGUUGACGCUAAUCGAAAUUGGGAUAGCUAUUGGUCGAUUACUUCGUCUCCGAACCCUUGUCAGUUUGAUUUUCAUGGAACGACGGCCAAUUCAGAGCCCGAGAUACGUCAUCUUGCAAAUUACGUUUUGAGUUUAGGAAAAGGGAGAAUUGAUGCCUACAUAUCUACUCACUCAUUCUCACAGCUUAUUCUUUAUCCAUACAAUUAUGCCGACAUUCUCAGCAAAGAUGACGAACUUCUGAAUACUACAGGUAAAAAGAUUCAUGACGCAAUGAAAUCAGUUCAUGGAAAAUAUUACGAAUGGGGACCAGGAUCAACAACAUUGUACCCAUUUUCCGGUACAACCACAGAUUGGACUUACGAUGUUGCAGAAAUUGUUCAAUCUUACACAUUUGAACUUCGAGAUAAAGGUUUUUAUGCGUUUCUGCUUCCCGCUGACCAGAUCAUUCCUACUGGAGAAGAAUAUCUCGCUGGACUGGAAGCUCUCUUAGAGUACUUUUGAAGGGAAUCCCCAGCAAAUAAAAUUGCAUAAAAAAAUCAUUCUGACGUCAUUCAUUUUUUCUGAAAGCGCAGUUAAUUUGUAAAUAUACUGCAAAAUUAAUUGUUAAAUUUGCAUGUCACAAAAACACUUUAUAUAUAUUUUUAUUGUACUAAAUUAAAUCGUAUUCUCUGGAAUAUUUUAGCAGAUCUUGAUAUUUUUCUAAUUGCGAUGACGGAUUCGCAAGAUCGCAAAGAUACGCAUCGAAACUAAAUAUCAUCUGGCAGUCUUUCUCGCAUUUUUAUGCGAGAUUGUCGUGGAGAUUGUCGUGAUUGUAGUUGAAGUAUCAUUGCUUUUAUUUUG